AUGAAUAAUGUUGUCGGUGUUCGAUUCCGUCCGAUUCAGGAAGAGUUAGUUGGGUACUUCCUGAAGAAGAAGGUUUCAGGGGAUCCAUUCACGGAGCAGGAAAAGGGCUAUUUUGCAGAAGUAAAUCUGUACGGCCCCAACUCGAACCCAUGGGAAGUAUUAACCGAUGAUCAUCCAUGGCACUUGGUGAUGGACCCAGAUGGGAUAUCGCUUUAUUCCCAGAAAAAUUUCUACGUUUUCACUCGAUUGUCUUCCGAUAACGUUGUGGGGAAGACGAAUCGGGUCGCGGGUUGUGGUACUUGGGUCGCCGAUUCACCGGCCGAGCCGGUCAUCGACAACCACUACUUGGGGUCAGGCAAGAAAAUUGGUGAGUAUAAGACCUUCAAAUUUGAAUCCUCUGUUCCAGAACAAAGUGUCGGGCGGUGGACAAUGGUGGAAUUUUCAAUUGAUGCUGCUGCCAAUGGGAUUCCAGCUGCUGGAGAAAGCAUUCAUUCUGAUUAUGUUCUGUGUAAGCUCAUUGAUGGAAAUGGUGGUACUGUUUGGUACUAUCUAAAGAAAGAUUUUAGGAAAUGUAUUGAUGGAGGAGGAACAGAGCGAGUCAUGGAAGAGAACGGAUCUGUGGAAUCCCACAAAGUCUUGUACAUUUUAACUCAUUUGUCAUCCAAUAACGUGGCUGGUUGUGGUACUUGGAAUGCCAAUUCUCCGGCUGAGCCAGUCACGGACCAUUACUAUGGUUCAGGACAGAAAAUUGGUGAAUGCAAGGCCUUCCCAUUUGAAUCCCCAGUCCACUCAGUACAAACUGUUGAUAGAUUAUUCAAUUGA